CCGGUCCAUCUCUCUCGCCCUCGCUCUCUCGCCCUCUCUAGCUCUUCCUCUUCUCCGAUCCCCACCACCGGCCUCGGCUAAUACUAGUAGUAUAGAAGUAGAAUGCUAGAUGCCCUCUUCAUCUUCCUCCUUAAGAAAGCUUCCUGGUGCCGCGCCUGUGUUGCUCUUCCCAACCCUUUCCCCUCCCUAUCUCACGUACGCAUGCUGCCUACUGAUCUACGCGCACAGUAGCGCCUUUGCUCAAAAUCUCGCAGAUCACAUACACCGAAACAAAGGCAACAACCUCCCAAGUGCUCCCGAGCUAGAUCCCCAUUUCUUCCCUAUCUUUGAUCACCAAACCUCUCUCGAAAUAGCAAUCCAUAUCUUAGCAGCCAAUCAUCUGGUGUCCGAGCUGGUUCAACAGAUCAGCUGUAUCCCCAUAUAAUAUUGGGCUAAUCUAACCCUAAACCCCCCCUUCUGCUAAAGAAUAGUUGCAGCAUAUGCAUAUAGUACUGUUACAUACCACCAGAUCGAUCCCUGCCUGAAGUAGCAUACUAGUCAAAGUCAACAGCUACAGUAGCAGGAGCUCGAGAGCGCGCGGGAGCCCCCAUGGAGUUCGCGCCCGCGCACGGCGGGGUCGAGGAUUCCGAGAGGGCUCGCGGCGCCGGCGCGGCGUGGGUGGAGAAGGAGCACAUGUUCGAGAAGGUGGUGACCCCGAGCGACGUGGGGAAGCUCAACCGCCUGGUCAUCCCCAAGCAGCACGCGGAGCGCUACUUCCCCGCGCUGGACGCGUCGGCGGCGGCGGCCGCGGCGGGCACUGGCGGCAAGGGGCUGGUGCUCAGCUUCGAGGACCGGUCGGGGAAGGCGUGGCGGUUCCGGUACUCGUACUGGAACAGCAGCCAGAGCUACGUGAUGACCAAGGGGUGGAGCCGCUUCGUCAAGGAGAAGCGCCUGGGCGCCGGGGACACCGUCCUCUUCUCGCGCGGCGCCGGCCAGGGCCCCCCGCGCGCCCGCCUCUUCAUCGACUUCCGCCGCCGCCGCCAGGACCUCGCGUUCCUGCAGCCGCCGCUGGCGUCGGCGCAGCGCUUCCUGCCGCUCCCGUCCGUGCCCAUCUGCCCGUGGCAGGACUACGGCGCGUACGGCGCCUCCGCCGCUCCGGUGCCCAGCAGCCGCCACGUGCUGUUCCUGCGGCCGCAGGUGCCGGCAGCCGUGGUGCUGGCGUCGGUGCCUGUGAGCGUCGCCGCAUCCACGGUGGAGGCGACAAGGUCGAAGCGCGUCCGGCUGUUCGGGGUGAACCUCGAUUGCCCGCCGGACGGCGAAGACGGUGCCGGUGUCACCCGGGCGGCGUCGACGCUCCUGCAGCUGCCCUCGCCAUCGUCGUCAACAUCCUCCUCGACGGCAGGGAAGGAUGCGUGCUCUUUGGAUCUUGGGCUGUGAAGACAACCAACAGCUAGCAGAAGGGGAGAAAUUGAGACUAGCACCGAGGCACUG